CGGCGCUCCGUGCGUGACUCCGGGCGACGUCAGCGCGCGCUCCGCGCCAUCCACCAGCCCCCCCGUCUCAUCUCUCCGCGCCGUGGCUUGCACCCUCCGCCUUCGCGUCCCUCCGUUUCAGUUGCCGCGGCGGCGGCGGCGGCGGCAGUGUCCGCGGAGCGCGCGCCCUUCGACCGCUUUCUGCGCGUGCGCGCGCGCUCUCCGCGGUUGGAGCGUUAACUGCCGGUGGCCGAGGCCUUGAGGCGCAUCUGAGGAGGGGGCUGCUAGUGGCUUCUCGGCCUACACUUCCUCCACCUCCCGCCGGGAGCGCCCCAAAGAUAACUUAUUCCUCGUUCGGCAUCUGAAGGCUGAGGCCAGACUCAGGCGGAGAUAGAACACUGUAGGGCCUGCGCCAGCUCCAACUUAGGGCCCUCGGCGUCAUUGCCGCCGCCGCCGCUACUACCCGGUCACCCUUCCUCCCCCUCCAUCUUUCAGGAGGCCUUUCAUCUCCCGGGAGGGUCUCACCUUGGCCUUCAGACGCCCGCUGAGAGGGGCUGGAAGGGCAGAAUUAGCAUGAAAAAGAAAGAGGGUAGACAGCUUUCCGGCCCUAAGCCCCAGGGAUUCUUGACAGGAAAAGUGGGGUUGCUGCCCAGCCUCCCACGCAGUAUAGGUGAAGCUGGCCCCGUUGAGGAACUGUGACUAAGGACAAAAACCUGAUAAAUAUUAUUUAUGCAUCCUUGGGCUGAGAGAGAGAGUAAAAGCAUCAAGCUUAUGAAGAGCUCCAUAGGACCUAAUUGUUGAACUUUGUGGAAGAGAACUCGUCUUGGCUUCUUUCUUGGCUUCCCUAAACUGUUCAUAUACAAAGUAAAUCACCAUCACUCAAACUCAAAGUAAGAAGACAAGCUGAACCAGAUGUAAAAUGGUAGCAAUAUACAGCGGGCUCUGUUUCCCCUCCCAAGGCGGCGGCGGCGGAGCGGCGGAGCCCCCCAAAUGGCCUGGCCAGAUGCGGCAGGUUUGCUGCUCAGCGCUGCCGCCGCCGCCACUGGAGAAGGCUCGGUGCAGCAGCGACAGCGACAGAAGCAGCAGCAGCGAGAGCGGCAGCAGGAGGAGCAGCAGCAGCAGCAGCAGCAGCAGCAGCAACAGCAUCUCCAGUCCCACUGCGCCCUUAGAGCCGCGGCCGCCACCACAGCCGCAGCCCAGCAGCCCCGCAACCCCAAGAGCCGCCGCUCGCUCGGGAGCCGCAGCCGCCGGCGGCAUGAGGCGCGACCCGGCCCCCGGCUUCUCUAUGCUGCUUUUCGGUGUAUCGCUCGCCUGCUACUCGCCCAGCCUCAAGUCGGUGCAGGACCAGGCGUACAAGGCACCCGUGGUGGUGGAGGGCAAGGUACAGGGGCUGGCCCCGGCCGGCGGCACCAGCUCCAACAGCACCCGCGAGCCACCCGCCUCAGGUCGGGUGGCGCUGGUGAAGGUGCUGGACAAGUGGCCUCUCCGGAGUGGGGGGCUCCAGCGCGAGCAGGUGAUCAGCGUGGGCUCCUGUGCGCCGCUCGAGAGGAACCAGCGCUACAUCUUUUUCUUGGAGCCCACCCAGCAACCCUUAGUCUUUAAGACGGCCUUCGCCCCCCUCGACACCAACGGCAAAAACCUCAAGAAAGAGGUGGGCAAGAUCCUGUGCACUGACUGCGCCACCCAGCCCAAGCUGAAGAAGAUGAAAAGCCAGACAGGACAGGUGGGUGAAAAGCAAUCACUGAAGUGUGAGGCAGCAGCUGGUAACCCCCAGCCUUCCUACCGCUGGUUCAAGGACGGCAAGGAGCUCAACCGCAGUCGUGACAUUCGCAUCAAGUAUGGCAACGGCAGAAAGAACUCACGACUACAGUUCAACAAGGUGAAGGUGGAGGACGCUGGAGAGUACGUCUGCGAGGCUGAGAACGUCCUGGGGAAGGACGCGGUGCGGGGCCGGCUGUACGUCAACAGCGUGAGCACCACUCUGUCAUCCUGGUCAGGACACGCCCGGAAGUGCAACGAGACAGCCAAGUCCUAUUGUGUCAAUGGAGGUGUCUGCUACUACAUCGAGGGCAUCAACCAGCUCUCCUGCAAAUGUCCAAACGGAUUCUUCGGACAGAGAUGUUUGGAGAAACUGCCUUUGCGAUUGUACAUGCCAGAUCCUAAGCAAAAACACCUUGGAUUUGAAUUAAAGGAAGCCGAAGAGCUGUACCAGAAGAGGGUCCUGACGAUCACUGGCAUCUGUGUGGCUCUGCUGGUCGUGGGCAUCGUCUGUGUGGUGGCCUACUGCAAGACCAAAAAACAGCGGAAGCAGAUGCACAACCAUCUCCGACAGAACAUGUGCCCAGCACACCAGAACCGGAGCUUGGCCAAUGGGCCCAGCCACCCCCGGCUGGACCCCGAGGAGAUCCAGAUGGCAGAUUAUAUCUCCAAGAACGUGCCAGCUACAGACCACGUCAUCCGGAGGGAAAAUGAGACUACCUUCUCCGGAAGCCACUCCUGUUCUCCUUCUCACCACUGCUCCACAGCCACACCCACCUCCAGCCACAGACACGAGAGCCACACGUGGAGCCUGGAGCGUUCCGAAAGCCUGACCUCCGACUCCCAGUCGGGCAACAUGCUGUCAUCGGUGGGCACCAGCAAGUGCAACAGCCCAGCAUGCGUGGAGGCCCGGGCACGGCGGGCAGCAGCCUACAGCCUGGAGGAGCGACACAGGGCUGCUGUGCCCCCCUACCAUGACUCCAUAGACUCCCUGCGCGACUCCCCACACAGCGAGAGGUACGUGUCGGCCCUGACCACUCCCGCGCGCCUCUCGCCCGUGGACUUCCACUACUCUCUGGCCACGCAGGUGCCGACUUUCGAGAUCACGUCCCCCAACUCGGCGCACGCCGUGUCGCUGCCGCCAGCCGCGCCGAUCAGCUACCGCCUGGCGGAGCAGCAGCCGCUACUGCGCCACCCAGCGCCCCCCGGGCCCGGCCCGGGGCCUGGGCCCGGCGUGGACAUGCAGCGCAGCUACGACAGCUACUACUACCCGGCGGCGGGGCCGGGGCCGGGACCGCGGCGCGGGGCCUGCGCGCUGGGCGGCAGUCUGGGCAGCCUGCCCGCCAGCCCGUACCGCAUCCCGGAGGACGACGAGUACGAAACCACGCAGGAGUGCGCGCCCCCGCCGCCGCCGCGGUCGCGCACGCGCGGCACGUCCCGCAGGACGUCGGCGGGGCCCCGGCGCUGGCGCCGCUCGCGCCUCAACGGGCUGGCGGCGCAGCGCGCACGCGCGGCGCGGGACUCGCUGUCGCUGAGCAGCGGCUCGGGCGGCGGUUCGGCCUCGGGCUCGGACGACGAAGCGGACGACGCGGACGGGGCGCUGGCGGCCGAGAGCACGCCCUUCCUCGGCCUGCGCGCGGCGCACGACAUGCUGCGCUCGGACUCGCCGCCGCUCUGUCCGGCGGCCGACAGCAGGACUUACUACUCCCUGGACAGCCACAGCACGCGGGCCAGCAGCAGACACAGCCGCGGGCCGCCCCCGCGGGCCAAGCAGGACUCCGCGCCCCUCUAA